AUGGCCAGCCCCGAGCGGUCCGGCUUCCCUGCGCGCACCAAUAGCCGCCUGGACUCGUUCUUGAGGAGGCAGCUGGCGCCUGAGGUCUACGACACAGUCCGCGCCUACGAGCCCUGCAUCGUGGUGUCAGACUCGGAGAAGCACACCUCCAAGUAUGUGGUGCUCAGUGACCGGCUCAUCUACUUGACCGACAACCCGCCCAAGUCCAUCCGGAAAGUGACAUUAAAGCACAAAGGAAAAGUGUAUUACUUCAUAGCUAUCAAAUUGGCAAGAUUAGGCAGUCAGACUUUAGCUUUUGCUAAGAUUGAUGAUUACCCAGAAUUUCUGAGUUCACCAGAUAGAGAAAUCAAUCAACACAUUCGUAUCAUCUAUUCUUCACCUGGUUUGAAAAAAAAGUGUGAAAAAUCAAAAGGUGUCAGGAAAUUCCUUUUUCCAUUUCAUCAUGUCAGUGCUAACAAAAAUGUCAAGGAAGAGAAUGAUGGACUUAUCUUUUGGAGAGGUAAAGAGCCUAGAAGUCUGAGUGAAUCCUCUCUCAGGUAUGCCCAGGAGAGCUACAGAGCCUUGGACGACUCAACUUACAGUUCUCCUUCAGACAUCAACAAGCUGUGCCUCCAGGGCCAAGGUGCCUUUCGACCCUUACCUGUUCCCCCGAGGAGGACAGGUCCAUCCACAGCAGCCGCUGGCAGGGCUGUCAGCUCACCAUCUCGCACAGCAAACACAAAAGAAUGCCAGGGACUUCCAGAUCACAAAGACUGCCCAAGUGAAAUCUCUCUCAAGUGUGAUGGGAACAGAAAUGAGUUUCACUUACGAAAUUCUCUCCCAGUUUCCCCUUUGGAGAGUGAUUUAAACCUAGAGAAAAAGGAAUCAGAACUUCAUUUGUACAUUGUUUCUGCAACUUCAUCUUUAUUUCUUCACUUAAAAAGUUCAUGGAACAAUUAUGUUAUAAAAGCUACUCUUUUACAAGAUCCCCUAUAUGCUACUGAGGUCAGUCCUGUUCUUCGAAGUCCAAAGCCAUAUAGAUCUGAGGAGAAAAUUAAGCACUUCAGUCAACUAAAAUCUGAACUUUUUCUUAAAGACAAUACUUUGAGGAAGAUACUUUGUCUAAUUAUGGAACUUAAAGUAGCAGCCCAGAAAAAUUUCAUUCUGAAAAGGCUUUUCUGGAAAACCAGUGAUCUUUUCUAUUUCCUGGUGAACAAACUUCAUGAAUACUUGCCAGAGUCUAGGAAUAAGAAUGCAUUUCAUAAUAAAAGCCAAAGGGCUGAUGAGCUGGCGGCAUGCAUUGAAAUUAUACAGACCUUAGGACUGAUGUUCAGAGAGACAGAAACUGAGUCAUCACGCCUGAACACACUGGCAGCUAAGAAGGGAACACUAUUUAAUCUCUUGGUGAUUUUAAUUAGCAAACCUCAGAUUCCAAAAUGUUGUCCUGUGUUCGAUAUUCAUUUGGUGGCUGAUUCAACUUUAGCUGAAAUAUCUUUUGAUGCUGAGUUACAGAAGCUUAUCCUGGAAUAUACAGAUAAUGCUACAGCACUUUUAUAUGAGAUACUUCUUGUCUUUCAGCAGGGAAAUCUUGGGUUGGGGUCAACAACAUUUCCUAUUACCUGGAUGAUGUCCUUUCUACAAAGUUGUCCUCCCAUAAUUACUUUUGUGGCCAGUAUUGUGAAACGAGUGGUGAAGGGGUUCUCAGCUUCAUUUCAGCUGCUAAGUCCCUGCCAAGCAGUUCUGUUGUACCAGCAGUUUUACAUCCUCAAGAGCUGCCUGCAGUACAGCAAGACUCUAGCUGAGUAUAUCAGGAAUGACUACAGUGAAGAAUUCAGGUACUUUAUCCACAUGCCAGCCUUGAGAAAGAGACUUCCAUUGUGUUACCCUAUUACCCAGCCAACCACUCAACUUUUUCAUGAAGUUCUGAAAUUGGUUGAACAGAAACAAUAUGUAAAAUGUUAACAAGAGUAUAAAAUGUUAACUGAAACACAAUAGUUAAAAGAAA